UCACAACCUGGUUGCCAUUUUUGUUAGCCAACUGACUCAAUCCACCCGGAUCUUCAGCAUUUCAUCUCCAAGCUCCAAACCCGGGCAGGAAUUGACCAGAAACCUUCAAAUACAUUAAAAUCACAACAGAGAAGAAAGAAGACACAAACUAAGCUUGAUUAUAAGGAGAUUCUCUGGGCCAGGUGUCAACCAUGAACCCUGAAUACGACUACCUGUUCAAACUGCUGCUGAUUGGAGAUUCUGGGGUCGGGAAGUCCUGCCUUCUCCUGCGAUUUGCAGACGAUACAUAUACCGACAGCUACAUCAGCACGAUCGGCGUUGACUUCAAAAUCAGAACGAUAGAACUGGACGGCAAGACCAUCAAACUACAGAUUUGGGAUACGGCGGGUCAGGAGAGGUUCCGCACCAUCACCUCCAGCUACUACAGAGGCGCCCACGGCAUCAUCGUCGUCUACGACGUCACAGAUCAGGAGUCAUUCACCAAUGUGAAGCAGUGGCUGCAGGAGAUCGACCGCUUUGCCAGCGAGAACGUCAACAAACUGCUUGUGGGCAACAAGUGUGACCUGACCACCAAGAAAGUAGUGGACUACACGACAGCCAAGGCGUUUGCGGACUCUCUGGUAAUCCCGUUCCUGGAGGCGAGUGCGAAGAACGCCACCAACGUGGAGCAGGCCUUCAUGACCAUGGCGGCAGAGAUCAAGAAGAAGAUGGGACCAGGCGCCAGCACGGGCGGGGCCGAGAAAUCAAACGUCAAAUUCCACAGCCAGCCCGUGAAGGCGUCCAGCGGAGGCUGCUGCUGAGUCCCGAACUCACCCGAACACACAGCGUACAAAGGAAGAGUGAUGUUACCUACCACCGUACGCCUGAGCAGACGCACAGUGGAGAGGGAGGGAGUGUGUGUGUGUGUGUGUGUGUGUGUGUGAAUGAGAGA